AAUAACUUUCUGCGUCGUAAUUUCCUCGUCUGCAACUUGGAGGCGCAGCAGCGAAGCUCACGAAGCUGUGUUCAUAUUUCCUACCCGGCUUCUAGCUUCAGCUUGUGCCUUACUUACUUACGCUAAACAACAAUGACAGAACCAAUGUAAGUUUAAGUUAACCUGACAGUAUUUGGUGCUGGUGACGGGUCUUUAUUUCCCUAUAAGUGGAGCCACAUUCAGCUGAAGGGCUCUUUCCGGGGGGGCUAAAAAUACACACUCCCCACAUUUGACUGUUCAGCUGUUGUAGCUCUCCUGCUCAGCUCUGUAAGCUCUGUGUUAGCUGCUAGUUUGGGGACGGUUCCAGAGGCGUAAUGGCUGAGGCGGUUGCAAAUGUUGCUCGGAGGAUCAAUGCAACUGUUGAGGAGGGGAAAGACAGUUUGGACUUGUCCAACUGCAAGCUCAUUUCUUUCCCAGACGGUGUGUUCAAGGUCCUGAGGAGUGUCACAGACAACAUUUCUGUUAUUUCAUUGGCUGACAAUGAGAUGAAGGCUAUUUCCAGCAAGCUCUUCACAACCUUCACUCAGAUGAGAGAACUGGAUCUGCAGGGCAACGUCCUCACCAAGCUGCCUGACAAUGUUGGAGUAAUGGAGCACUUAACCAGCAUCAAUCUAGCCAAUAACAACUUCUCCAUCUUCCCUGAGAAGCUUACAGAAAUAUCCACACUGGAAAGGAUUAACCUGGAGGGAAACAACAUCACUGAGAUACCAGUGGAGAAGUUGUCCAACAUGCCCGCACUGAAGUGGCUCAACGUGAAGUCAAACCCUUUGGACUCAAACACCCAGUCUGCUCUGCAAUCACCCCACAGUUUUGACGCACUGAUGACAAGAGAAUCCUAAAAUACACCUUUGAGCAGCUACAAACUG